AUGGUGAAAAUAGCCGGCCUAGACUCCCACCCAACACAAAAAGGAGAAGUAUCUACCAGCUCUCCAUCAGCUAGUAGUCAAGUUCCUGUGGCCACAGCAACUUGCCGCACGGAGCUAGGACCUAGCUCGGUGAAGGUUGUGCCUACCACAACUAUCACUCUGACAGGCUAUGAAACAACUAUCAUUACCUCUACGGCUGAUGCAAUCACCGAUAUCUUCUUAACAACUUCAACUGAGUUUGAUACUGCGGCAUUGACUCUGACCCCUGCUCCAAUCACCACAACCGUCGGCGAAGUCUUCUUGAGUACCUCGACCAGCACCUCCACCAUUGCCACUUCUGCAGGCUUUACUCCAAUUGUAGACACUUUGCCGCCUUCUGUUACUUUCAAGCGCUCGUUGGAAGAGAAUGAUGAUUGCUCUCCCUGGUUAGAUGAUUGGAAGUAUCCCCAAGCAGUAGUGUGUCAUGUGAAGAACAUCAUCAAAGCCACAACUGUCUCCAUUGUCAUUGGAUCACCCAUCACCUCCACUGCGGUUACUCCUACCACCACAGUGACAAUCACCACCACUAUCACCAGCAGCUCGGUGGUUGUUCCCUCGGACGUCUCCACCACACUGAGCUUCAGUACCACCUCAACCAUCACCGAGACAAUGUUUGCUCCCGGUGAAACGAGUACCACCACUUCCACUACUACUGUUCUGGCGGGUACAACCACCACAUCUUUCUACGCUGCCUGUGCCGCCAACAACAUCGCUGGCAGUCCUCUUUCUUCAGACUACCGCCCGUUCGCAGGCAAAUACAUCUAUGCACUCUUGUUCAGCAAUGUCGCUGGUCGAGAUAUCAUAGUUAGUAACACCGACUCUACAUACGAUUGCUCUGAAGCACGUGCUCUGCAGCUUCUAACUAUGGCACGGCUUAUAUUCAAGAUGGCACGAGUGAUGUGCAAAUUUCCAAUGGAAAUUGCGGACACGUGGGAGGUACACUAG